AUGAAUUUUGAUGAUAGCUGCUGUUUUCUGGAGAAUAAUUUUGAUCAAUUUUAUUUGACGAAUUUGCUUUCCCCAAACAAUUCCAGGACCAAUGUUAAUAAUAUCACCGAACAAAGCAAUGAUCAGCUUUCGGAAGCCAUUGGGGGUUUGGAAUUUGAUUUGAAUUCACAGAGUAACGAUGGAGUACUUGCAACAGAUGAUUCGUCGAUAUUUGAUACUGUUACGCUUGAUGAUGAUUUUAUCAGUCAAAUGUUCUAUUGUAAUGCUUCGCCAUCCACUAGUGAUUCCGGAAAUUAUUCGCCAACAUGCUCUACUUCAGAUGAUCAGAGUGCUCCUGACAAUGAUCGAAUUACAAAUGUAUCUCAGGCUACACAAAUACAUCAAUUGGAAACGAAAUUUACUGCAAUGCCUAAUCCAAGACGACUUAUUCCCGUUCAGAUCCCUGUUCAGCAGAUUGUAACGAAUGGUAAAAGCACAUCAAGUCACCCAACGAUUUUCAUUACGCCAUUCCACUCCAGCUCUCUUAACUCGCAAUCAUCUGUCAAUCAAGAUAAGCAACGGAUACUGUCACCAAAACAUGACGGACCAUCAUCAGCACCGACACUUGCGAGCUCUAUUGUUAAGGAUUAUGAUCGUAAGAAGGAAGACAGGAAAAUACGGAAUCGAUAUUCGGCUCAACUUUCACGGAUCCGGAAAAAAAAUGAAGUCGAUGAAAUGAAGCGAAAUUUGGCUAACAAAGAUGUCAUUAUUGAGAAAUUAAAGAAUGAAAUCGAAAAUUUAAAAGGAACUAUUGAAACUUUGCGAAGAGAGAAUGAAAUGUUGAAGUCAAGUACUGGUAAUCGAAACAGCGGUGGUCGUUUAGGUAUGCUAGCUGGCGCUGUUUGUCUUUUUGGAUUUGUUUCGUUAUUGUCUUUUAGCAACACCCAUACCAGUUAA